CAGCAACGUACCCUCCUCUUUUUUAUUGGACUUUGGCCGUGUGUAGCUCCUCGGGGAGAUUUCCAGAAACACACAACAGAGCUCCAGGAUGCUUCAUGAGAAGGACAGACUGUCCCAGUGUGGUGCCUUCACUGUCCUGGUUUUUCACACCGUUGUCUUCCUGACCCUGAUACACUCAUGUAGAGGUCAGUCUGAGGUGAUUGAUCCAUCUCAGCCAAUAGUGGCAUUCAUUGGUGAGGACAUCAUUCUGCCGUGUCACCUGGAACCGGCCAUGAAUGCCUUCGACAUCACCGUGGAGUGGGCGAGGUCUGACCUGGACCCAAGGUUUGUCCUGGUGUGGCGUGACGGCGUGGAACUGGAGAGUAAAAAACAUCCGUCCUACAGAGGACGAACAUCUCUGUUCACUGAGGAACUGAAACACGGAAACGUGUCCCUGAAACUCUCCAAAGUGAAAAUAUCUGAUGAGGGAACAUACAGAUGCUUAAUUCCGGUACCAGCCAGAACCUCUACCGUUCAGCUUGUUGUAGGAGCCGUCUCCCCACCUGUAAUCCAGAGCAGUAAAAACCUCAGUGCAGUGGUUCUCCAGUGUGAGUCUGAAGGCUGGUACCCAGAGCCUGAGGUGCUGUGGCUGGACGGUGAGGGGAACCUCCUCCCUGCCGGACCCACAGAGACUCUCCGAGGUCCUGAAGGACUCUACACUGUCAGCAGCAGAGUGGCUGUGGAGAAGAGACACGGCAACAGCUUCACCUGUAGAGUCCAUCAGCAGCACAUCAACCAGACCAGAGAGACACACGUCCACGUUCCAGAUGAGUUCUUCAUGGUCCCCAGUACUCCCAGUACUCCCAGUAGUCCCAGUACUGCUGGUAGUCCAGGUGUUAUUACUGGCUCAGUUAUCAGCUGUGCUCUUCUGUUGUUAAUAGCUGCGCUUGUCUUUGUUGUGUGGAAAUGGAGACAAAAGAAAUUCAAAAACAAGAGGAGGAGCCUCGAGGACGGAGCUGAACACACCGAGGAAGAGAAGAAGGUCACAUCUAAAGGUGAUAACACAGGAGUCCAGGUCCUGAUGGAGCGAGAAGGAGAAAGUGCUCCGCUGAUGGCAGGAGGAGAAGAAGAGAAUAAUGGGAUGAGAGCAGAGGACGAGGACGGAUCUCAAAGUGAACAUAAAGAUGAAACACAACAAAACCAGCUGGAGACCAAACCAGAUAUGGGCAGGGCAGAAGGAGAGAGGGACGUUACAUCUAGAAAGAAUGAAAACGUACCUCUGAUUCCAACAGAAGUAGAAAAACACCAAAAACAGGACAUGACAGGAAGAGAAGUAAAAGAUGAUGGGGACCAGGGUGAAGGAGAGCAGACGAUGAAACCAGUAGAAGAAGAUUCAGGACGUUCACUGGUGCUGCUGGCAGAAGGACCAAAAGAGAGGCUGCAAAAAGUCCUCGCUGAUCAGGAGGAAGAGAAAGAAGAAGAGACACGGCAAGAGCCAAUGACUGAUGCGCGCAAGAAAGAGCCAAACAUUAAGAAAAAGAGAGAAAAGAAAGAGAACGUGAAGAAUCUCCAGGAGAAUCAGAGAGAAGGAAGGCAGCAGGAGGUAGAAAGACAGAAGCAGAUUCAACCAGAGGAGCAGAAAAGAAAAGAGAGAGAGAAAGGUGAGAUCAAACCACAGACAGAAAAGGACAACCAACAUGUUUUACAAGACAGAAAGCAGGACACGAGUAAGGCAGGACAUGAGGAUAAGAAAGGAAAAGAUCAGGAGGGAAACCAGAGUUACAUUACGGCAACGACACAAAGAAAGGCAGAAAACCAAAAGGAGCAAAUGAAUGAGAGUUUGGAGAAGAGAGAGGAAGAGAAGAUGGAGAAAGAGAGGAAGCUGCAGUCAGAGGAGCAGGACCAUUUACAGAGGGAUAAGGAGAAGAUAGAGACCAAAACACAGAAAGGAGAUGUCAACCAGCAAGUUUUAGAUACCAGCAAACAAGAGGCAGAACAUGAGGAUAAGAAAGGUAAAGAUCAGGAGGGAGAGCAGAGUAAUAUUACCACAAUGACAGGAUGGCCAGAAAGCCAAAAUGUGCAAACAAAUGAGAAAUCAAAGGAGAGAGAGAUAAAGAGUGAUCAGAGUGAGAAUAAGAUUCCAUCAGUCAGUACUAGUGAAGUUACAGAGAAGCCAGACCUCAAAACACAUCAAGAAACAGCCGGGAGACAAAAGCAAGAGCUCCAAGAGGAGAAUCAGCUCCAGACAGAGAACCAACAGCCGAGAAAUAAGGAAGAAACAUCUGAGAGAAAUCAGAAAGGAAACAAAGAACAGCCAGAGGAAUCCAGCCAGGUGGUAAAGGUAGAGGGGAAAGAAAGAGGGAAAGGAGGGAUGGAAAGUGACGAAGGAGCGGACAUCGAUGAAAAUCAAAAGACGUCCAAGAAAAUCAUACGAGAAGGACAGCUGCAGGCAGAGCAACAUCUGGAUGUAAAGGAAGGAAUCCCAGAGAAGAGAGAAGUCUUCACGUUUACCGCAGAGAGAGGAGGUGAGUGUCAGGGAGUACAGCAACAGGAGCUGAUAGAGAAUAACAGAAGACCUAAAUUAAAAGCCAGGAGAAGAGGAAAACAACAUAACAGAGAGGAAGAGCCCAAUGAGGCUCAGCAACAGACAGUCUGUAGGAAAAGGCGUCAGGAAGAAGACAGUGAGCAGACACAGGAAUGCUCCAAAAAGCUAAAACCGCAAAAUGGCGAUGAGAGAAAGUGUGAAGACGAAGCUAACAAAGUACAAGACGUAGAAAUGGAUGAUGUGAGUUAUCAACAGGAUCAAGCAUUUUUGUGUCAGGAAGGCCAACAGGAGGAGGACAUGGACCUUUAG